UUCUCCAGAUACACCAAUGAGAUUUUGUAUUGCUGGAGAGUCGCCUUUGGGCGGAAGUGGCUUCAUAAAACCGGAGAAGCGAGAUGGGGGUGAAACUGGAGGUGUUUCGGAUGUCACUCUACCUCACUUUCCCCGUGGUUAUGUUUUGGAUCUCCAAUCAGGCAGAGUGGUUUGAGGACUAUGUUGUCCAGCGCAAGAGGGAGCUGUGGCCACCAGAGAAGGAGACUCAGCGCCAGGAGCUAGAAGAAUUCAAACAGAAGAUCCGGAAGCAGAGGGAAGAGAGACUUCUUCAAGCUGCUCAGCAGAGCUCCUGAGACCUUCAAGUAUCAAGUCCCGGCCCCUCCACCCAGGAAAUAACACACACUCAAUUCUUUGUUA